AGCUGGGCUAACCAGAGUGUCUGGAUUAUCUUGAGAGACGGUGGAGCUAUCGUUGUGGUGUCUAAUAACUCUUUAAAUACAACACAAAUUACUUAUAAAAGUAAGCUGAUAUUAGCGUAUCAGUUUAGUCACAACGUUUUUCUAUAAGUUAAUAUGUCAACUCCCGCCAGAAGGAGACUUAUGAGAGAUUUCAAACGAUUACAAGAGGAUCCUCCUGCUGGUGUCAGCGGUGCCCCAUCGGAAAACAACAUAAUGGUGUGGAAUGCAGUCAUAUUUGGCCCUGAAGGAACACCCUUUGAGGAUGGUACAUUUAAACUAACUGUAGAGUUCACAGAAGAAUAUCCCAACAAACCCCCCACAGUACGAUUUGUGUCAAAGAUGUUUCAUCCAAAUGUUUAUGCAGAUGGAAGUAUAUGUUUGGACAUCCUACAGAACCGUUGGAGUCCCACCUACGAUGUCUCCUCUAUUCUAACAUCCAUCCAGUCUCUGCUUGAUGAACCAAACCCCAACAGUCCAGCCAACAGUCAGGCCGCCCAGCUGUACCAGGAGAACAAGCGGGAGUACGAGAAGCGCGUGUCUGCCAUUGUAGAACAAAGCUGGAGAGACAGUUGACCUGAUGGUCCUCAAAGCUGAGUUCUACAUCGUGAAGCUGUGUGUGUGCUGCAAGUUUUAGUGGAGAACCUCCUACUUUGGGGCCCUAAACCCUCAAUCUUUUUUUUUUUUAAGCCUUUAUGCACUUUACCUUCUAUUUCUCUUCAUAUAUAUUUUUCUUUUCUUACUCACCAGGAAGGAUUUUUUUUUCUAUUCUCCAUGACCAGUCCAUCAGGGGAAAUGUGCUGAAUCUCACUUUGAUGUUUUAUGAACAUGAACUUGUGAGCCAUCACCCGAAAUCUGUUUUCUAACAUGCUGUAAUAACUCGUCUCAAGGGUGUCAUAGCACUCUGCCCCCUCUCUGACUUCAGUGUGACCACCCUGCCUUUUUCUAGAGAGAAUGAUCCGUCUGAGUGUUUAGUACUUCAGCAAAAUCAGAGAUUUACACCACCUUUAAAAAGAAAAAAAAAGAUUUGCUGUGCUGUGAACUCUUGUUAUAUGCAUGACAGUCAGAGUGUAUCUAAGUUUCGUUCCAGUACUUGUGUAUAUAGGAAUCCUCCAACUCAAAUUUAUGUACAGAUUUUGCACUGCUUGUCUCCCACGUCAUUUUUUUCAGCACUUGUAAAUAAAAAGACAUUUUCAUCCUUAA